AUGUACCACCACUGUUUCAGUGCGGAAGAAAAGCUCUUACAGCGCCUUUCCUUAUUUAUGUUGGAACAAAGCCUCUGGGUGACGUCAUCGUUUGUUAUUGUUAUCGAAAUCGGCAAGCGAAUAAAGAUUCAAGUAAAAGAAAAAUCAGAUUUGAAGCAAAAGAGAGAGAAACUGAUAGAAGAAAUUGAAGAUGGGCUUCCUUUAAGCUUCUACCAAGGAGAUGACAAAAAAUCUAUUGAGAAAGAAAUCAAAAAGAUAAUAAAGGCAAAGGAAGAAAUGUCUAAAAUUGACAAACUUCUAGAUAAUGACUUGCCAUUUGGCACAGGCCCUAUCGUUAAUGCACUGGAUGAAUUUCUGCAACGUAACAAAAUUCAACGGCAACAAUAUCAUGGAAAGGCUUUCAAUGGCAACCAUGUGCAUAAAGCACUACAGGUUCCAGUAAUACAUGAUUUAUUCAAAGUUCCAAAAGAAGUUGUAAAAAGCAAAAUAGAAGAUAAGAUUGGCAUUGGAAAAAUGAGGCUAGUAGCCACAAAAUUAAAGAAGCUUGAAGAAAUCAAAGACCUAUUUUUGCUAUAUGGAGAAGUUCACAAUAGCAUGAACCAUUGCAACUUCAUGAAUGAUGCAGAAAUUUAUCAUCUUGAAACAUACAUUAAGAAAUUUAUGGUUUCAUACAGAACAACUGGGAUGUCAGUGACGCCAAAAUUACAUGUGCUUGAGCAGCAUGUGAUAGAACAAGUGAAAAAAUGGCACUUUGGGCUUGGCCUACUUGGAGAACAGGGCGGGGAAGCAAUUCAUGCUGUGUUCAACAAACGAAGACGGUUUGUUAGUGGAAUGCCUGACAAAGCCAAACAGAAUUUGUCCAUAAUGAGGGCACACUUCACAACAACGAUACCCGUUAUACAAAAUGAGGUUGAGCAGCCAAAGCGGAGAAAACGCGCAAUCGCUGAAGAAUAAACCAAGUGUCCAAUGCUACAGUGUCAGUCACCAAUGAAGUGAACCUGAAACAAUUUGAAUGUUGAUUGAUAUAUUUGUUGAUAUAAAUCGUAUAUGCUAUUUUAGCAAACAGUGAUGGCAUUUUGUGUGUUAACAUUGUGAUACAGUAUUC